UACGAAGUGGGGUGUUGAAGAAAAUAUUAAAGACGAUCGCGGAGAUAACCCGAUGACGGCUGAAGGAAAUAUAUAUUUAUAUUACCAAGGUGAACCGUCAAUAACGAUCACAGUUCGUACGUCAAUUACCGGCUUGUUUUACCGGUCGGAUUACAAUUAAGAAUCGAAUCGGCUACUAUACGAAAUAAUUAUCGGCAACACAUUCAUACACACGACCCCGUUUGUUCGCUGAUAACACGCGGAUAUUGUCUGAUAACGACUACGCACAAGGUAACGCUCUUCACAAGCAUAGCGAUCCAGAAGAUACCUACCUACCGGCAGAACGACAACUGCAAAUAAAAAUAAAAAAAAUGGCUCAAUCAUCCAAGCAAGUGAUCAAUUUCGGCGCCGGGCCGGCAAAAAUACCCAGACAGGUUUUGGAACAAGCCAGAGACGAAAUUUUGGACUGUGGUUGUGGUAUCAGCGUGAUGGAACUGAGUCACCGGUCGGCCGACUACGCGGCAAUCAACGAUCGAGCUAUUGAAUCAGUCAAAGAACUCCUCGAUGUUCCGAAUAAUUACAAGGUAUUAUUAAUGCAAGGAGGCGGUACUGCUGCUUUUGCAUCGGUUGCAUUGAAUUUGUUGCACAGAGGUGAAAAAGCAGACUAUAUAUUGACAGGCGUUUGGUCAACAAAAGCCGCCAAAGAAGCAUCAAAAUACUUAAAAAUAAAUUAUGUGUAUCCGAAACCAGAAAAAUUCGAACGAAUUCCAGAUCAGUCGACGUGGAAGUUAGACCCGGAUGCAGCGUACGUUUAUUAUUGUGACAAUGAAACAGUAAACGGUGUCGAGUUCCCUUUCAUUCCUGAAACAAAUGGCGUGCCGUUGGUGUGCGACAUGUCAUCAAACAUGUUAACAAGGAACUUUGACGUCAGCAAGUUUGGCGUGGUGUUGGCGUGUGCGCAAAAGAACCUCGGACCCGCCGGAAUUACUGUGCUAAUAGUGCGUGAAGACCUUAUUGGUAAUCCCAGUCCCAUUUGCCCAACUGUGAUGGACUACACGUUGUUCGCUAACGACAAUUCUCUGGUCAAUACGCCGCCGACGUUUAUCGUUUACGUGUUCUCGCUGGUGUUGCAAUGGGUCAAGAAACAAGGAGGCGUAGCCGGCAUGGAACAGCAGUCCAAGGCAAAAAGCCAACUGUUGUACAACACCAUUGCGGACUCGGACGGCUUCUAUUCUUGCCCUGUUGACGAUGGGUUCAGAAGCCGCAUAACGGUGCCGUUCCGAUUGUCCGCCGGACCCGAAGCCGACAAGCAGUUCCUAAAGGAAUCCCAGGACUUGGGAUUCCUGCAACUCAAAGGACACAGGCUGGUAGGCGGCAUUCGAGCGGCCAUGUACAACGCGAUUACGGUGGAAGAAGUGAAGGUGCUGGCCGACUUCAUGACCAGCUUCCAGGAACGAAACCCGCAGUUCCGGUUAACGCAAAAAUAAAUUAUACGUUUAAAUUGAUCAAAACAAAAAAAAAACACUGAACAUAAAAAAGAAAACAUUCCAAUAAAUUGAACACGCGUUGUUUGU